AUGCUCAUCUUUAGUGCAUUCAAAACCUUGACCAAUCAAACUGUCACUGUUGAACUAAAGAAUGACGUUUCCGUAACAGGAACGUUGAAAUCUGUCGAUCAAUACUUAAACUUUCGAAUUGAUGACUUGAAAGUUAUCGAAGGAGAUCAAGAUCGUUGGCCACAUUUGGCCGCUGUUAAAUCGGCAUUCAUCAGAGGUUCGGUCAUUCGUUAUGUACACAUUCCCGCUUCCGCAGUAGACACAACACUAUUGGAAGACGCAACAAGAAGAGAAGCAGCAGCAGGACGGCGUUAG